AGGGUUAGAGUGGCAUGCCCAGGUGCAGAUAUGACCACAGAUAAGGACCAGUCCAUGGAUGACCAGUCUCCUGCUGUGGUCUUUGCUGCCAAGGGCAUCGACGUCACUCCUAACAAAGAUGAGGGAGUUCUCAAGGUAGGCUUCAACCUCAUUCCCAACCUCCUCUGUCAGGGACAAACUCUGUCUUGACAUACAGCAACCUGGUCUCAGAGCAUUUCGUAUUAUUUUGUACGUAAACUGAGACACUCCUUUUGGUAUGAUAUGUUACGUUUCGAAUGGUAUGUAUUAAUUUGUGGAUGUGCAUGAUCCAUUUCGUAUGAUACAAAGGGUUAGGAUUAAGGUUAGGGUUAAGGUUAGGAGUUAGGUUAAAGGGUUAAGGUUAGGAGUUAGGUUAAAGGGUUAAGGUUAGUGUUAGGGGAAGGGUUAGCUAACAUGCUAAGUAGUUGCAAAGUAGCUAAAAAGUAGUAAGUAGUUGAAAAGUUGCUAAUUAGCUACAAUGCUAAAGUUGUCCGUGAUGAGAUUCCAACACGCAACUUUUGGGUUGCUAGAUGUUCGCGUUAUACGCCCACCCAUCCACCCCGGCCAACCACCUCCUCCAUUUUUGCCUGUAACCAUACCAAAUGUAACAUAUCCCACUAAUUUGAGUGUUUCAGGUUUACAUUUACUAUGUUACAUCUAGUCUAUGAGACCAGGCUGCAUACAGGAGUCCAGCUCAACAUAUUAAAUGAAGCAUGCACACAAAGUCUUCCCUUUGGCACAGUAAUCAGAGAGACUUCAGAGAAAUGCAUCUUUCAUAAUUCUGCCACCACUCAAGAGUAUUCCUUUGUAUUGAGCACAUCCUCCUGUCCCGGUGUUACUUCUAAAACAGAGCAUAGCAAAAAAUGCAUAACUGUUAGGAUGAAAAAUAAUAAUAGGGGGUACAUGAAAAAGAAAUAUUUUACAUGAAGAAACCAUCAUCACUGUCUAGCUAGAGAAACAAGUACUAGCAUGCUGAGGAGAUUAUCUCAGGGCUGACAUCUGUUCUUUGUACAGGUGGUGAAAAACCAGGGAGAGGAUGGGGACAGACCCAUGAUUGGGGACAAGGUAGCAGUGCACUACACUGGCAAACUACUCAAUGGGAAGAAGUUUGACUCCAGUAUGGAACGCAAGAAACCCUUCACCUUCAGUCUGGGAAAGGGUAUGUCCGAGUCUGCCUCUUACUGCACUACUUGUUUCUCAGAUACCUUUUCAGCUGAAGAGGAACUGUCAUCAGGACAUACAGAUGUACAUAUAGCAUAUAUUAUACUUACAUCUCACAUUUAUGUGGCACCUGUGUGACAUCUGUAUGUGUGGAAGGGGCAAUGAGUGUGAAGGGGGGGGGGGGGGGGGUGUAACAUCUUAUUAAUCCGUCGUAUGUAUCGCCCAUAUGUCACUGCAUAUGUCAAUGCAUAUGUAGCCUACAUCUGUUCAUCAUGUCUCUAAUUUUAUAUCACUCCACAGGUCAGGUGAUUAAGGGCUUGGAUAUUGGUGUCUCCUCUAUGCAGAGAGGAGAGGUGUGCAUGCUCCUCUGUAAACCAGCAUAUGCUUAUGGGUCAGCUGGAUGCCCGCCCAAAAUACCUCCCAACGCCAUGCUACAGUUUGAGGUAGGUAAAGCAUAGUGCUUUCCAAGGGGAUGAUGGAAAUAGGCCUUCCUCUGCACGUAACAGGUUUCCCCUUUAUAUUCUGACUGCACAUUGUCCUAGAUUCUCUCUCGGCAUUGUGAACAGAACACAUAACACUGUCUCUGUCAUAAUUUUCAUCAUUAUGGAAUCUUAUGAUUACCAUUGUGUAAAAGUGUGCCACUGCUGCUAGUGUUGCUAUGGCAACACAUGGAUGUAACGUGACGUUUUAUUGUGUCCUUACGUGUUUAUUCACUUCCUGUAGGUGGAGCUGCUGAGCUUCAAAGGGGAGGUGCUGACGGACGACGGCGGCAUCACAAGGAGGAUAAAGGUCAAAGGGGAGGGCUAUAAUAACCCCAACGAUGGAUCAACUGUCCACGGUAAGGCGGACAUGCUCUCUCUCUAUCACAUUCACUGUGAUCUUGGUGAUCAAUAUGUUUAACUGAUUUUGGUACAAAGGCUUUGUCUCACAUUAACCAGGUUUCCAUCCAACCUUUUUAUGUGAGUACAGUACAUGGAAAUGACAAAUUCGUCAGUCAACUUUCCAAAUGUCGACAAAACAAAUUAUGCUAGAGAAAGUGAGCUCUUUUUGUGUUGGUAAAAUGCAUUAUGUGAGAAAUGGCGGUAUUAUUGUAACCAUCAUAUCAAAGUAAACUUGGUCACGCAAUUAUAUGUUGUGUGGUCCUCUCACUACAACUCGGGAAAGCAUGCAGUUUAAUUUAUUAGGCUGCAGAUGAAAUAAGUUAUGUUGAACUUCACAGGGUGGUGAAAGUGCAAGGUGAUGAGCUUAAUGCUCCUUUCCAAUAAAUAUUGAGGGUCUUAUUCUGGUGACAUGAUGAUCGAUGCUUGGCUGCUGUUUGACAAAUAAAAAUAAUAUUUUGUCCAUAAUAAUGUCAUCAUGUAGGCUAGCCUACCCGCACUGUAUAUCUGCAAGCUGUUGGGUAGAGUGCACGUGCCAAGACCAGAGUGGGCAUAUUCGCUAUAUAACUGCAAUUUAUUUUGUGACAAAACCAUCAGUAAAGUUGAAAAUGCGAUGGAAACCUAUUUAACUUGUAUUUUUUUAUUCGGUACAUGGGAAUUUAACCACAAAAGUUAUUUUUAUGUGCAGUACGUCAUCAUUCACAGCCUUUUAUCUGCAACAAGUCAAUUUGAUGGAAUCGCAUAUCUGGUGGGAAAAUGCGCAUAUUGUUUUUAUGCAGAUUUUUGGAUGGAAACCUAGCUAAUGACUGUGAUCAGAUUGAUUGAGAUCAAAAUAUUUAUCGAUUUUUAUACAGUCUCAAACAAGACAAAAAAACAUAUUGAACACUCAAACUAAACAUGUUGUGAACAAUGAAAACUACAUUAUGUGAUCUGAACAGCCUAUUCCCAUUAAGUAAAAUAUAAUAAUAUUAAUAUUUUCCAUUUAAAAAAAUCUUGUUUUCAAUUGCCUCCUGUAUCCCACAGUGCACCUGGAGGGUCGCUGUGAAGAGCGUCUGUUUGACUCCAGGGAUGUGCACUUCGUGGUGGGCGAGUCAGAGGACAUGGGCGUUCCUCUGGGUGUAGACAGGGCCAUGGAGAAGAUGCAGAAAGGAGAAUGCUGCAUGCUCUACUUAAAACCCAAGUAAGGGCUUCUAAUCUACUCUACUCCCUAUCGCUAGUGAUGGGAAAACUAGGCUUUCUGAAGGCUUCGGCACUUUCACCAAAUUGUGCCAAAAAACUGUGAAUUACUCGUAGCUUCAUUAUUUAUUCACAAUGCACAUUAGUGACAUUUGCUGGUCAACAAUAAAUAGCAGAAAGUGAUUAUCAGAUAGACGUUUUCGUUCUCCACUGGUUUUUAUCAAAACUCCCAUGGGGCAGCAGUAAGUUGUUGGCUUUAGUAGCCUAUAAUCAGUUUGAAUUCCAGGUUCACAUCAUGCUUCCCUUUGCCUUCAAGUUUACCAUUUUUUAAAAACUGAAUUUAUGGCAUUAGUUAGGAUGCUUAAGACAGAAGCUUAUACAAUACUAAAUACAUCAAAUUAUCAGAACAACAGUGCAGAAAGUGUGGUUUCACAUAAAACUAUUUUCAAAAUAGUAUGCCUUCAACAGGAUUCUACCUCACCCACACAGGACUACCCGCCAACGCCUCGAUCACACCAAUAGGGGCGGCAGGUAGCUUAGUGGUUAAGAGUGUUGUGGCAGUAACCGAAAGGUCGCUGGUUCUAAUUCCCGAGCUGACUAGGUGAAAAAUCUGUCGAUGUGCCCUUGAGCAAGGCACUUAACCCUAAUUGCUCCUGUAAGUCGCUCUGGAUAAGAGCGUCUGCUAAAUGACUAAAAUGUAAAAAUGUUGCGCAAACUGGUAGGCAGCAUCAUCUGGAUAUGUGUGCUACAAAGGUUCAACAUUCACCUUCUGCUACAAUUUCUGUCAAGCCGUGAACGCAUACAGUUUGACACAUACAUUUGAUAAAUCCAACGUAUGCACCACACAGAACGUACUGCAACUGCCUCUGCAAUGCAGCAAGGCAAAUGCAGCGUUCCAUUGGAAAUUAAUGUACCAAAAUGCAGUGAGGCUGUCAGUGUGAUGGGAGUUGUAAGCUACCGGUCAGGUGAAACUUUUUAUACAAAAUCCUACAAUUAUACAAAAUCCUACCUAUAUUUGUAAGUACUAUGUCCAGUAGAGGUCGGUGUUUGAAAGCAGCUUGAAAUCGAAGAAAGCACUGGAAUCAUUGCGAAAUCAAAUCACAAAUCACAUGAACAGACUAAGCUUCGGACGUCAUUGAUACAUGCAUUGGCACACUGCUUCAAAAUGUUCUGCUUUCGCCUCGAUCACACCGAUAGCGUUUUUGCAUUUUGGUACACCAGAAGUACAUUAAUUUCAAAUCAAAUCAAAAUGUAUUUGUCACAUGCGCCGAAUACAACUGUCACGUUCGUUCAUAGACGGGUCAGACCAAGGUGCAGCGUGAUAUGCAUACAUGUUUAUUUGAACCGAAUAAACAACGACAAAACAACAAACUAAGUCCAAGGUACACAAACAACAUACCUCACACAGAACAAGAUCCCACCACUACACAGUGCCAAUAGGCUGCCUAAGUAUGGUCCCCAAUCAGAGACAACGAGCGACAGCUGCCUCUGAUUGGGAACCACACCGGCCAACAUAGAAAUACACAUACUAGAUAAACACCCAUUGAAAACGCACAACAAAGAAUAUACACACCCUGACUCAACAUUUAAGCGUCCCCUGAGUCAGGGCGUGACAGUAACAGGUGUAGACCUUACUGUGAAAUGCUUACUUACAAGCCCUUAACCAACAAUGCAGUUUUAUUUUAAGAAAUAGAGUUAAGAAAAUAUUUACUAAAUAAAAUGAAAAAUGAAAAACGUAACACAAUAAAAUAACAAUAAUGAGGCUAUAUACAGGGGAUACCGGUACCGAGUCAAUGUGUGGGGGUACAGGUUAGUUGAGGUAAUUUGUACAUGUAGGUAGGGGUAAAGUGACUAUGCACAGAUAAUAAACAGCGAGUAGCAGCAGUGUAGCAGCAAGGGGGGGGGGGUCAAUGCAAAUAGUCCGGGUGGCCAUUUCAUUAAAAGUUCAACAGUGUUAUGGCUUGGGGGUGGAAGCUGUUAAGGAGCCUUUUGGACCUAGACUUGGCGCUCCGGUACUGCUUGCCGUGCGGUAGCAGAGAGAACAGUCUAUGACUAGGGUGGCUGGAGUCUUUUACCAUUUUUUGGGCCUUCCUCUGUCACCGCCUAGUAUAGAGGUCCUGGAUGGCAGGAAGCUUGUUCCCAGUGAUGUACUGGGCUGUACGCACUACCCUCUGGCAGCGUUGUGUUGCAGAGGCAGUUGCAGUGCAUUCUGUGUGGUGCAUACGUUGGAUUUAUUGAACGUAUGCGUCAAACUGUAUGCAUAAACGGCAUUACAGAAAUGGUAGCAGAAGGUGAAUGUUGAACUUUUGUUGCACACAUAUCCAGAUGAUGCUGUGUACCAUUUUGCGCAAUGACGCUGUCGGUGUGAUCGAGGCGUCAGUGAUUUUGACGCAUGCCUCGGAGCUCCGGUAUCAAACGUAACAUCACUACCUAUCGCUGAAGUGUCCCUGUUGCAACACAAAGUAGAUACACUCAUAACCAAAUAAUGUUGUUGACUCAUCCUAGACUCGUAUUUGUGGCCAGAUCAUAAAUAAAUAAAAAUAAAAAACACUUCAAAAACCCCACCUCAAACUUGUAUCUCAAACAGACCAUAAAAAAAAGAAAUCCUGCUAUUUCCUCAUAGAGGAUGAUGCCAUCAUCCUGAGGAGGAAGAGCUAGCCAAUCAGUGGUCUACUCGCAUGAAUUAUUUUUAAUGACCAGUAUACGUCCACACCAUUCUGUUGUUGCGGUAAGCCCACACCAUUGCAACAUAUAAAAGCAUUAUUUUGGAAGGAAAACUAUUUCACUCAUAUUGUAAUUAAUUAUAGAUAAUAUUUCAUAGAAAUCUGGAAACGCUGCAGUUACUUUAAAGGGUCAAUCUGCAUUUGCUACAUAUACUUUUUGAUUUAUAAAUUAAUGAUAUGUACCCAUUGAUUCUUGAAGACUACAACUUAUAAACGCCUCUAGAGCUUAGUUCAACUGUCAUACCCCAUGAGAACUCCAAUGUUUGUAAACAAACAUUGCCUCAAAACAUGGUUAAAACUAUAAUUUUGAUAUCAUGGAUGGUCAGACCUUGCAUCCAUAGCUCUGUCUAUGAAUUUGAGAGUGGUUACAUUUCUCCAGCCCCAUCCCUCAGCUUUUUACCGAAACAGGGUCGGGAAAAACGCUGUGUUAUUGUUUCAACUGCAGAUUGCUACUUUAAACAAGCAUCCCUAUAGACAAAUCUUGAUUUUAGGUAUGCCUUUCAUGGAACAGGUGUGUGUCAGGACUAAUCAGCCAUACAAUACUCUGUCUUGUUUUUUGUAGGUAUGGUUUCGGGAAAGAGGGUAGAGCACAGUAUAAGAUUGGACCAAACUCAGACCUCGUGUACGAAGUGACUUUAAACAACUUUCAGAAGGUGAGUUCCACUUGCUGGAUUAGACAGGGUAACAACAAUGUGUUCAAGUAUCCUAAUAGUGUCUCUGGAAGAUACCAACAGAUUGCUUUUAUUUGAGCUGGUGGAGUUUAAACAAUGAGGGUCUCAGUUAGAUAUUGCAUAAUGGCAGAGUGACCCUGGAGAAAGUAAUGGGUCGAAACAGGCAUCAUCUCAAUGAAAGUCAAAUCGCCUCCUCUGAAAUUGAUAACAAUAUGUUUUCUUUUCAAGGCCAAAGAAUCCUGGGAGUUGGAUCAGAAGGAGAAACUGAAAUUGUCUGCUGCAGCCAAACAGAAAGGGACCCAAUAUUUCAAGGUAUAGUGGGCCAUCUCUGUCAUUCAGACAAUAGACAAAAUCUCAUGGCCAUUGGAUGCAUCUGUGUAUGAAUAUUUCAAAAAACUUGAACCAAACCCUGUGAACUUGCAGAACUUCAACCCUGCAAACGAGUUCACAAGUACGUUUCAGAAUUUUUCAUUUAUUUAACGUUUUAUUGAGACAAAUAGCGAAAUUAUCGUAGUGCAAAAGCAUUGUACGAAGUGUAAAAAUGACCAUAAACCUCAUUAUAACCUGGAAGCGUAAUUUCAUUUGAAACUUUUCUUCAACAACAUGCGUUAUGAAGAGGUGACUAUUUAUGUAUUACUAAACUCUAGUUAAAUAAUGGUCUCCUCAUACCACACAUUGUUGAAGAGAAGCUUCAAAUUAAAUCACACUGUGAGAUUAUAAUUAGGUUCACAGUUUUUUUUGUACUUUGUACAUUGCUUUUGAACAAACCUACUAAACUUAGCCCAUGUGUUGUCCCUGGUUGUAGGCUGGCCGUUACCUUCAGGCAGUGGUCCAGUACCAGCGCAUUGUGUCUUGGCUGGAGAUGGAGUUUGGUGUGGGCAAGGAGCAGCAGCAGAAGCUCCAGGACUUCCUACUGGCCGCCCAGCUCAACCUGGCCAUGUGCUACCUGAAGCUGAGAGAGUACGCACUGGUUGUGGAGAACUGCAACAAGGUACACUGCAUACCUGGCACUACGCAUGAGAAACCCCACACACAAACAUAUACACGUAUACCAUAUACUGAAGCCACACAGAGCAUGCAGCUAAUGCCUGUUCAUUGAAUAGCAUUAAGGUGUGGUGUGUCUAUGACUUUUUGCUGGGUCAGUGGGGUUGUAUACAUGUAUUCAUCUGUUUGGAAGCAUUAAAUUUACAAUUACACAUUUUCAACUUUUUUAAUCAGCUUUAUAAACUAAUAAUUAGCUCUUUAAAACUACUUAUAAAGCCCUUUAUAAAUCCCUGUAGGUACACCUUCAUGUAAUAUGUUACAAAUGUGUCUAUGCGUGUAUCUCCUAGGUGAUAGAGCUGGAUGAGAAGAAUGAGAAGGCUCUGUACCGGCGUGGGGAGGCUCGUCUCUUCCGUAACGAGUUCAGCCUGGCCAUGUCUGACUUUAAACUGGUGCUGCAGGUCAACUCCUCCAACCGGGCCGCACGCGGUCAAGUAUCCAACUGUCAACGCAAGAUCCGGGAACACCACGAAAAGGACAAGAAGAUCUAUGCCAACAUGUUCCAGAAGUUCGCUGAGCAUGACGUCAAGGUCUGUAACAACGUCUUUCACAGUCUAGAUGGGCUCCAUUCCAAAUGGCACCCUAUUCCCUAUAUAGUGCACUACUUUUAAAUAGAGCCCUAAGGGCCCUGGUCAAAAGUAGUGCACUAUAUAAGGAAUAGGGUUCCAUUUGGGACGUAGUCUGUAUGUGUAAUCAGUUGUACAAUCUGACCUGCUGGUUCACUGUUCUGUUUGAGUAAAUGGAUACAUGUGAUUUCACACAUUUAUCUAUUUCAAUCAUCUCUGCUGUGCUGAAGACCUAUUGUGGUCCAUUGUUCAUGGUUUAGAUAUUCACGUUUACUGGUAGUAGGCUGACACCUAGUGGUAGUACUGAGUAGCAACUUUAUUUGAUCUUCAGUUAUCAAAUUCUCUCAUUAUAAUAUAAUAUAUGCCAUUUAGCAGACACUUUUAUCCAAGUGACUCAUUAAUAUUUUUUUAAAAUGUAUGGGUGGUCCUGGGACUCAAACCCACUAUUCUGGUGUGGCAAGAACCAUGCUCUACCAACUGAGCUACAAAGGACCACUCAUUGAUGCUUCCUUUUUACUCCAUAAUCUAUAAUCAAUUUGUGUCUUCUUUAACAUAAACAUUUAUAUUAUACUAAUUAAUAUUGCAAAACAAAAUGUAAAAAAAGUGAUUUAUUUGAGCAAAAUGGAAGAAAUCUACACAUGACUUCCAUAAACAUGCUUUACUCAAGUCCUGCUCCUUUGUAUCUGUUUGCUCAACAGGCAGGGAAAGGGAAGAGGAGGAGGGGGGAGGACAGUGGAGCGAUGA